AAGAACAUAGGACAGCUGACGUUUCCGCUCGGCGGUUUAUGUUGCUCAUUCGCCUUGUAGGCGGAUGGAAUAUUUUGCUGCUCUUCAAUUAAAUAAUAAAAAUAAAUUUAAAAUAAUAGCACAGAAACUCCAAUUUUGAGUGCUAUUUAAAUAGAUUGUCUAAAAUGAAUUCAUUAAAUUUGCGUGUUUCAUCAGUGAAAACUGGCGAGAAUGUAAAGAAAAAUGCGGAUAUGCGUACUGCGCUGGUCACGUUGCCGAAGCACUAUGAAAAUUCCGAGGCUAGCUAUUGUCUGGAAUUAAAGAAUGCCAAAUCCAUACCGGAGCAGGUGGCGGCGGUGAAAAAUAUAUUCAAAAAUCUCAGUCGUGACUCACAGGCGUUACAAUUUCUGGCGGACUUGUACUUCCAUUGUCCACUAAAGCAUCCAGUGCGUAAUCAGAUUCUAAAGCUUUUGAUUACAGCUGCGCGCCUGGGCACCGGUGAUACAGAUGAAUCAUCAAUUGUGAACGCAUUGUCGCAAACAAUACAGCGAUUGGUGGAAGAGGCCAGAGCAGAGACUGAGAGUAGCGCGUGGAAUUUCACGGUCACAUCGAUGACUGGCUGCUUUGAGAAUUUUGAAUGCGGUCUGAAGGCUAUUGAAAUGAGUACAUCCCAAGUAUUUCCCUUUCUCUGCGCAGCCGUGCAGAAGUAUCUCACCGAGUUGGGCGUACUUAGCUCGCCUUCUGUGCGCAAUGAAUAUUAUCUCUAUGUGCAUAAUGCCGUUCGUCUACUCCUGAGUUGCAUACAAGAAUAUGGCUCUAAACUCAAGGAUAUCCACAGUGACACACUAAAACAGUUGAGUGUAUUAUGUAAGCAAGUCGUACAGGACGAUGAAAUACCGAUGGAUCCGCGCACAAAUGCUGGUAUUCUAUUGGCCCACAAUGCCAGACUCAAUGCAACCUAUGAUACUUUUAUACAAGAAGUGAAAUUAACAAAGAAUCCUAAUGAGAUUGCUCUAUGUGUUGGCAUCGUAAACACUUUCGAUCAGCAUGACUUUCAACGCAUAUCCGCUGACAUACGUGACAUAUGCAGCAAGAUUGAUGAAAUCGCCAAUGCCAAUGCUACGGUACCAAAUAUACUACUUUGCGCCACGCGUGCACUUUAUCAGAUCUCAAAGAUCAUACUAAGUUUCGAGUUGAAAGCUCAGUCGCCGCCCACAGAUGAUGCCAAAUUGAUUUUGCGUAAGCUUUUGAUUUACACUUUUGGGUUUUUGGAGCAUCAUAUGGAUAGUGUACGCCACCUCUGUCGCGAUUUGCUGCGCAAUACAGUAGCAGCAGCAUAUAAAAUCAAAUUUGAUUUUCUUAUACAGAAAAUCUAUGAUGCUUGCAAUUCUGAGCGCCUAUCACUUUCUAUGAAAUGUAUAGUGUUGCAGCAGACUGCAGCAAUUUUGGGAGCGGAUGCCAUAAUACGCAAUUGUCCUGAAGUCUUUACAAACAUAUUUGCCGAGCAGCUCGGACGCGAUUUUAUGGUGAAUAAUUUGUUUGAGACACUUAUGUACGCCAGCCACAAAGAAGUUAACUUUGAAACGUGGGUAAAACUCUGGAUCGAAUAUAUGCUUGUGAUUGCCACGUCCAACGAUGCACGUUUGAGUGAUAUUGAAACGUUAAUAGUCAAGGCGGUUAAAUGUGAACCGAAAAUUGUGCAACAUAUCAUACAACACACCGACACAGAAAUUCCGAUAAGUACAAAGUUAUCAGCACUUUGGGCUGUACGCAAAGCGGGCAUUAAAGUCGAGGAUUUUACUGAAGUUAUGGAAAAGUUCUCUAGUAACCUUGUACACAGUAUACUCUCCAACUCCGAUGAUACCCGUAUUAUGGCUUUGCGGCUCUUGGUGGAGACAAAUAAGACGACAGAAUUGCUGACGUUGUUGGAAUGUGAGAAUUUGCUUAACUACUUGGAAUACAAUGCGAAUUGUCAAAGUCCAGCAACACGUCAAAAGAUGUUGGGGCUAUUUAAUAAGGCAUUAAUACGUUGUGAAUUGAAUUUAGUUAAAGUAUUGAAGGACUAUAAAUCAGCCAAAGCAGUAGGUGCAGCGAGCAACGCUGGUGAUAGGAUUGGCGGUUCUGCGCCGUUGCAAUUGAAAUUUUUGCGUGAUGUCAUUAAAAAGUUGGUGGGAAAUUUGUUUCAGGGUGCUAAUUUCAGUCGCCGGUCAGUAUCUCUGCAACUAUUGGAGCAGUGUAUACAGAUUUGCAGCAAUUGCACCAUCUCACUUGAUGAUAUAUUGCCACAAAAUACCGUUAAAGCGCUAGCUGAAAUGCUUGCCGAUUCUUACGAAGCCAAUAAAGAAUUAGCUGUGAAUAUUUUAAAAGCCAUUGAAAAACGUUUAGAUUGCAAUCUCAUAAAGCAGCAUCAAUUAAAUAUAAGUUUAACACAUAUCUGUAAUCUCUUAACAUCAGUCCGUCCAACCGACUCCGUAACCGGUGCUUAUCAAUUGGAGUUCUUCUGCAAUCGCACUGAACAUAUUGGCAGCUUUGGUAGCUAUGAGCCAACCAAUUAUAAUGCCAUAUACUAUGCUGCACUGCGUUGGUUGUUGCAGGAGUUGAAAGCUGGUCUAAAGGUGGCGAAAGAAAGUUUGCUGCAAGCGGCUAAACUUAAUCCCCUAUAUGGCAUUUUGUUUACAGUGAAACAUUUUUUGAUGCGGCUAGAUUUUAAGACGCUGGCGCAAGAGAUUCCAUGGCGCAUUGUUAUUGCUGAAUUGAUUGUGCUUUGCAAGGAACUGACGACCGUUGUGGCUCCAGUGGUUAAUAGUUCUUCACCCGAGGGACAUUUGCCAAACGAUUUUAGUAAAUUGCCGCCUGAGUAUGGUGAAGAGUUGAUAGUUGACGAGAAGGAUGGCGCCAACUGCAAGAUACUUUCUUCCAAACUGGCAAAAAUCGAUUUGUCCAAUAUAAAGACGACACCGCAAAUGGUACUACUCUGUGCCUGGCGCACCGUUAAAGAGGUUUCAUUGAUACUCGGUGAGAUUGUGUUACGUUCACCGCUUCAACUUAGCAAGCUGACUGAGCAGUUUCUCAUUACCAAAGAACAGUUGCUCGAAAUUGGAGAACACUUCAAGCAGCUGCUUGCCGAAACAAAGCAUCGCGGCGCUUUCGAACAAGCCUAUGUGGGUUUCUCAAAACUUUGUUGUCGCCUUUGGCGCUUAGAGGUGCUCGAUUUGAAUUCCCUACCCAUGCAAUGGCUGCGCGACUUGCUUACACUCAUUUCUAAAGAUGAACAGCUGAACGAAAAGAUUUGCGCCACCCGUCGCAGUGCAGGCGUGCCCUUCAUGGUGCAAGCGCUCAUCACAUCCGAAUUGCAGGUGGGCUCAACGAAGUCUCUCUAUUACUGCAUGUCACAUCUGUUGCAGCUGUGCGCAUCGCGUGAACGUAGCGCUGAGUCGCGUACGCAUGCCAUGAACAUAUUGCGCGCCCUCUUCCGUUGUACGGAUUUGAACGAAGCGGUUGUGGAGUAUGUGUGUGAUGGUGUUAUGUGUGCCAUACGCGGUUACGAUGCCGAAACCUGGUCGGAGAAGAAUUCCGCAACUUUGCUAUUUUCUGCACUCAUCACGCGUAUAUUUGGUGUGCAACGCACACGCGACUCGGAUAACUUGAAUGUGCGCAACAAAAUGACCGGACGCGUAUUCUUCCUGCGCUAUCCAAAACUUUAUGAUUUCUUCCUUGCGCAGCUACACGAAGCGAGCGAAUUGGUGCAGAAGCAGAAAAAGGCGCAUAAGCUGCAUCCGUUGCUGUUGAUACUCAGCCGGUUGUAUCCGUCAGCACUGGAGGGUACCGAGUCAAAUUUAAAAUUAACCGAAUUUAUUCCGUACAUUUCAAGCUGCGCAAGUUGUCCUGAAAUGCAAACGCGCUACUUAGCGGCUAAAGCAGUAUUGGCGCUAGUCUCCAAAGACGCUAUACCCGUAACCAUAUUGCGAAUGUGUGCUGAGAUCGUGAUAUCUGCCGACCAACCUAAGUCGCUGAACUUGAAUGUCUUACAUGGACAACUGCUACAGAUUUAUAUGCUACUAAAAGCGCACAAGCAACCUGACGUUGAACUAGUCGGCGAUAUUGCCACCACAUUGGUUCUAUUUCAAGAAAAAACGCAAGUUAAAAAUGCCAUUCUACUAAAGUUAAUUAUGGAUAUUUUCAUUGAGAUUUUACAAAGCCAAUCGAACCUCAACUAUCCACAGGAGACAAUUCAAAGUUUACUCUACUUUACUACUCAGAAGGAGUUUUACAAUCCCGAAUUGAGCUUUUACUAUCCGGUGCUGCGCAAAUCUUUCUACAUUUAUAAUCUACACACGCUACGCUUAACUCUACCGUUUGGUGCACUCUCCGACUACCUACUUUGCCCGCCACUCACACACAAUACCAUGCAAUUUGAACAAACGGAAGUGUGCCUUAAUAUUAUAUUGCUGCUGUUAAGAAAUGUGGAAAUGGAUGUGUCUGAGUUUGAAAUAUCCAAUGACGAAUUGCGUUUUGUACGCGCUUUACCAACUGCUAUGCGUGAUAAUUUGGCCACAGAGUUGCGUCAGAGUAAAGCAUUGCAUGCAACAUUAAAAGAGCUGAUCCAAAAGACGCUGUACUAUCCAGAGUGUGUUAUGAAAGCGUAUGCAAUAAUGAGCUACUUAGAUCACUUUGAUUUUGCUUUAAGUCAAUUGCUAAAAGAGUCUAAAAAGCAUCCGGGUGACGUUAAGUCGCCACUGACAAUGUGUGUGGAACGCGUGGUGCUCAAGCAAGGUGGCGUAGACUCAAAGGUUUCACAAUCGUGUCUGGAGUAUUUAUUGGAAAUAUCGCAAGCGUGGAAUCCCGAUUGUUUGAGAUUGAAAGCUGCUCAAAUUUUAUCGCACAUCGCUGUACAUUUCAACAAAGCGCUGGAGAAGAAGAAAUUGCCAUUUUUACGCCUGUAUAUUGGGCUUACGCUGGCGUUGUUAAUGGAUGAUGACUUCGAAAUACGAGACUACACAGCGAAAAUCGUUUUGAACAACAUAACCGAGGACCUUGGCAUGAGUAUGACAAGCGUUGUUGCGACUAUGGCGCAACGGCUUUUCCUGCAAUCCACAGCCGACAAGCUGGAGGCGAUGCGCGCCGAUGAUAAUUACAUUUUGGACAUAUUUAAAAUCAUCAACGAAGCGCUGAGCUUGGGCAUUGGCGCAGACGAAGACAGCAGCGGUUCAAUGAAUGGCAGCAAUAGCAGCUCAUCGACAACGGGUGAUUUGGAAAUAUUCGAUAAACAUGAAGCGAAUGUCUUUGCGGAACCACAAAAGGCGAUGCUUGAUGCGAUUGUCGUAUUUAAAACGUCAUUUAAAACACGUCCCAAAAUACUGAGUUACUUAGAAGAGGCAAAGCCAUUUUAAGUUGACACAACAGUGUUUUUUUUAAUAGCAACUAAAGGUAUUUAAUUUUUUUCAUUUCUAGAGUACAUAAUACGAGUAUGACGUAAGCUUAGUUAGAAUUGUAGUUAGUUGUAGUGCUUGAAACGAGCAUUGUUUUGGAAAAAGAGUGUUAGUUUUUAUGAAUCAUACUAUCGUUGAAUGUAAGUAUUUUUAGACUACCUAAUGUAGUAAGUUGUAAAUGUACUGUGUACACUGUGAAAUAUAUAUGUAGUUCGAUGUAGCUCUACAUUUUUUUUCCAUAAAAUCCAACGAUACAUUGCUUGUUAGUUUAAAUAACGAUAGUUGGAAAAAAUUAUUUAUUAACAAAUCAAAUUAAAAGACUGGUUUUCACUAUGUCAAAUUCAAUGGUAUUUGUCGUCAAAUAAGUGAAAAAACAUUGUAAAAUGGGACCUGAAAACGGCCGAUUUUUUUUUUUUAGAUCAGAACAGGUCUUCAGUCAUUUACAUGCGCUACUAAAUCGGCUAUCUGUCCGAAUUUGGCCCAUGGUAUAUUCGGUGAAGGAUUGGAUCAAAGGAGAUAAAGUUGUGUCAAAAAAUGCCUACAAAUUUUGUCGUCGAAAUAUGACACAGUGAAAACCAGCUCUAAGCAGUACUACGGUCUAUUAUUUUUAUAUACAAAUAAGAUUACAUUUAAAAAAUUACGUUAUGGCCGUUUUCUCCAGUAGCUUUUCAGAUAAAUUUUAAGAUAUCUUCAGAAAACGGCCCUUAGUAUUGAAAAAAAAUUUAAAGUUCCGGAAGGUAUACAUAUUUGAUAUAACGUGGAAUGAUUUUCCGUUCCGCUCGAGAACGAAAUAUACCACUGGAGAUGGCACAACGCCGAAACCGGUUUGUCUCCAAACCAAAUUUGACAAGGGAUGACGGAAAAUCGUUCC